AAUCUCUCUCUCUCAAAACUUGAGCGCCAUUUUACUUUGCAUUUUUCUUAUAUUUCCUACAUACAUAUAUAUUAGCACAGGGAUAUUAUAUAUUAUUAAUAUUGUAAUAGUUGUUUUUGUUAUUAUUAAGAUGGAACAAACCACCGUGACCAAUGGCAACCACCAAAGCCAAAAUGGUUCAUUUUGCUUGACUAGCUCUAUUGCUACUAAAGGCAGCGACCCACUUAACUGGGGUUUGGCUGCUGAGUCACUCAAGGGGAGCCACCUCGAUGAGGUGAAGCGAAUGGUGGCGGAGUAUCGGAAGCCGGUGGUCCGGCUAGGCGGCGAGACACUCACGAUCUCCCAGGUGGCUGCUAUCGCCGCCCACGACCACGGCGUGAGGGUGGAGCUUUCGGAAUCGGCGAGGGCUGGCGUUAAGGCCAGCAGUGACUGGGUUAUGGAUAGCAUGAACAACGGCACUGACAGCUAUGGCGUCACCACAGGGUUCGGUGCCACCUCACACCGCCGAACCAAACAAGGUGGUGCUUUGCAGAAAGAGCUCAUCAGGUUUUUGAACGCUGGAAUAUUUGGCAACGGAACAGAGUCAUGCCACACACUGCCACACUCUGCAACUAAAGCAGCCAUGCUAGUGAGAAUAAACACACUUCUCCAAGGGUACUCAGGCAUUAGAUUUGAAAUCUUAGAAGCCAUCACCAAGUUCCUCAACAACAACGUUACCCCAUGUUUACCACUUCGUGGUACAAUCACAGCUUCUGGAGAUUUAGUUCCUCUUUCUUACAUAGCUGGUUUGCUAACUGGCCGACCUAACUCCAAAGCUGUUGGACCCUCUGGAGAGGUACUUAAUGCCAAGGAAGCUUUCCAAUUGGCUGGCAUCAAUUCUGAGUUCUUUGAAUUACAGCCCAAGGAAGGUCUUGCUCUUGUUAAUGGCACCGCCGUUGGUUCUGGCUUAGCUUCUGUGGUUCUCUUUGAGGCAAACAUUCUCGCUGUCUUGUCUGAAGUUCUUUCUGCUAUUUUUGCCGAAGUGAUGAAUGGCAAACCUGAAUUCACUGACCAUUUGACUCACAAGCUAAAGCACCACCCUGGUCAAAUUGAAGCUGCUGCUAUUAUGGAGCACAUUUUGGAUGGAAGUUCCUACAUGAAAGCUGCUAAGAAGUUGCAUGAGAUGGAUCCUUUGCAAAAGCCAAAACAAGAUCGAUAUGCCCUUAGAACUUCCCCACAAUGGCUUGGUCCUCUUAUUGAAGUGAUUCGUUUCUCAACCAAGUCAAUUGAGAGAGAGAUUAACUCUGUGAAUGACAACCCUUUGAUUGAUGUUUCCAGGAAUAAGGCCUUGCAUGGUGGUAACUUCCAAGGAACCCCUAUUGGAGUCUCCAUGGACAACACUCGUUUGGCUCUUGCAUCAAUUGGCAAACUCAUGUUUGCUCAAUUCUCUGAGCUUGUCAAUGAUUUUUACAACAAUGGGUUGCCUUCAAAUCUCUCUGCUGGUAGAAAUCCCAGCUUGGAUUAUGGUUUCAAGGGAGCUGAAAUUGCCAUGGCUUCUUAUUGCUCUGAACUCCAAUAUCUUGCAAAUCCAGUAACAAGCCAUGUCCAAAGUGCUGAGCAGCACAACCAAGACGUUAACUCUUUGGGUUUGAUUUCGUCUAGAAAAACAAACGAAGCUAUUGACAUUCUCAAGCUCAUGUCUUCCACGUUCUUGAUUGCACUUUGCCAAGCAAUUGACUUGAGGCAUUUGGAGGAGAAUUUGAAAAACUCGGUCAAGAACACUGUGAGCCAAGUUUCCAAGAGGACUCUCACCACCGGUGUCAAUGGAGAACUUCAUCCUUCAAGAUUUUGUGAAAAGGAUUUGCUGAAGGUGGUUGAUAGGGAGGAUGUAUUUACAUAUAUUGAUGACACCUGCAGUGCUACAUACCCACUGUUGCAAAAGCUCAGGCAAGUGCUUGUGGAUCAUGCAUUAGUAAAUGCUGAAAACGAGAGUAACUUGAACACGUCAAUCUUUCAAAAGAUUACAACUUUUGAGGAAGAGUUGAAGAAUCUGUUGCCAAAGGAGGUUGAAAGUGCAAGGGCUGCAUAUGAGAGUGGGAAUCCAGCAAUUCCAAACAAGAUCAAUGAAUGCAGAUCAUACCCACUAUACAAGUUUGUGAGAGAGGAGUUGGGGGCUGCGUUGCUAACUGGAGAAAAGGUAAUUUCACCAGGUGAGGAGUGUGACAAACUGUUCACAGCAAUAUGCCAGGGUAAAAUCAUUGAUCCACUUCUGGAAUGCCUUGGGGAGUGGAACGGUGCUCCUCUUCCAAUUUGUUAAUUUUACCACUUUCUCUUGAAAAUGUUUUCUUUGUAUUUAUGCAAGUGCUGCGAUAAUCAUUUGAUUUGCCAAGCUUUAGCAAAUUAAUAUGGUGAGCUUGUAAUUUAAUAUUGUAAUAGAAUUUCAGUUGUUUGUCAUUUCCAUCAUAUAAUAC